AUGUCAGUCCCUGGGGCCUGGCCCGCGAGCCCAGCAAAACUCACCCUGGAAGCUUGGUCACAGGGCUUUAUGAUUGGGGCUUUAAUUAUUAUGAUUGGUAUCACCUUGGCCAACAUGCGCCGUGGUGUGUUACUGCAUAAGCUUAUCUUGAUUGAGCUCCUUCUGGCCAUACCAAAUGGCCUUUUUACCUUCUUUGACCCUCCGGCCUGGGGAUGGUAUCUUUCCUCGACUGCGAUCUUCCUCAUCAUCUCGUGGAACCUGCAUAACGUCAUCGCUUGGAUAAAGAACAAGCCCUUUCUUUCAAAGCGAAAUAAUUAUAUAUAUAUCGGCACUAUUAUACUUGUCCAGCCCUACUGGGUCCUCGAGAUAUAUGCCAACUUUACCUACUUCAAUAGUUCCAACCACCUUUUUUCUUCAACCCGACCUCUUGAGGCUGUCUGCCGUGACCCUUGGUGGAUCUUCACAGCUAUCAACCUUUUCUGGAACAUUAAGUACCGUUACGAGUUUAAGCCCCUGGAGAUUAUCCGUAUAUCCCCCCGUUUCGGUCUUUUACUCUUGAGCAUGUCUCUGAGUAUUAUCUUUAUCACUAUUGAUCUUCUCUCCGUCACCCCUGUUAUCCCGAUCGGCUACAUUAAUCCAUUCUGGAAGUUUGCAUUUAUCUUUAAAUGCUUUACCGAUACUAUUGUUCUGGACGACUUCAAAACCGCACUGGAUAAGCUGAGUCGAUACAAGAUGGACCAGAAUUAUCCACUUCCUUUUAGUAGACCCAGCAGCGCUCAGAUGCACAAUCAGGAUAACCAUAUGGCGAGGCGGAGUGUGGGAAGUUUCGACGGCAUACGCCGUCUUGAAAGCUUGAGCGUGACAGUUGAGCAUUUGGAAAGGGCCGACGAUUCUAUAAUUCGUGCACCAGCACGGGCAGUAAGGUCGUCUGAUGCUGGGCUUUUAGGCAAAAUGUAUUGA